GUCAAUCUCUUACUGAAUCUGGAGCGUUAUACAGGUUACACUGGUCCCUCAUCCAGGCGAAUAUGGGAUGCUGUAUAUUCAGAGAAUUGCCCAAAAUGAGAUUCAAAGAUCCUUUCAAUUGGUUGAAGCACUUGUUUUUCGAAUCUUCUUAUGAGUUGUAUUUGUAGAAUUACAUUCAGAGGGAAACCAUUGAAAUGUGAAAAUACCUUCUUAAGCUAAGCUGUUAUGUUGUUGAA